AUGAGCUGCCACGCCUGCGAUCAGAUUAGCCUAGAGGACGCCAUCGCCAGCCUCUACCCUCAGGACCUCUACUACUCUCCUGUCACUGCUGACCCUCUCGACCUCAUGCACUCGUGGAUCGCUGAGAACCCCAUUCCGCAUGCCCACUGCGACUUGUCGGACGCGAACGAGGCCGAUGUCGCGAGGAGCAGGCGCUGGGCGGAGGCAACGCUGGAAAGGUCCAACUCCAACACCUCCCUGAGCAGCGCUGCAACAGCAAGCUUGUCCGAUGCGGAGUGGGGAGAAGCGGGAAAUGCUGAGCCGGAGAAGAAAGUCAAGGCGAAGCGAAGCUACAAGCCCAAGACCAGCAGGACGCAGUGGACGAAGGAGGAGCACGCGAGCUUCGUGGCAGCGGUAGAGGCACACUGUCCCAUGGAGACAAGGAGCGGGGCGAAUGGGAAGGUGUUCGUGGGACUUGGAGCAGGAGUGGCCGAGCUUAUAGCAACAGCGGUGCCGACGAGGACUGUAUCGCAGAUCAGGUCGCAUGCGCAGAAAUACUUCCUGAGGGAGAGCAAGAAGGGCGAUUGGUAA